AUGACUCAUACUACUAGUGCUAGCUACCAAAUAAACUUUCUGCAAGAAGAGCAAGGAGAAUCGAGAUGUGAGAAUGUGGAAGAAUUCCAAUCAGCUUAUGAAUCUCUCUAUGAAGGUCUUCAAUCUUAUCUGGAGUUGAGGGCUUUCUCUACUACCACAUCAAGUACUACUAGCAGUACAUCUCUGUUGGACCUGGUAGAAGCUAGUAGAUCAGAAGUAGAAGAAGUUUUUGUCAGUCCAGACCAAACAAGAAUAUCAGCAAUUGGAUCUGAUGGAAGUUACUCUGCUCUUAUGGGAGAUCACUUGCAAUUAAGAAGACAACAACAGCACACACUACAACAAUCAGCAGAAGAAGAAGAAGAAGAAGAUCUAGCAACAGACCUGUGUAGUCCAGUACAAGACUGCCUAGAGUUUGACUGGUGCUCCUCCCUCUGCACUCAUCAUUCUCAAAGAGCAAGAGCCACUAGAAGAGUCAGGAGAGCUUCUACCACUAGUAGCACUAGUACUACUGAUCAGCAAGAGUCUGUCUGCCAAUGGCUGGCAAGACAAGAACUUCCUGCUUGUCUGCAAGGAGCUACUAUCAUCUGCCAACAGCAACAGCAGCAACAACAACAACAACAGCAGCUAUGA